UGUCUCGGCGAUCAGUUGCAGAAAUUUGAAAACAAUAUCUGCUCUUAAUAGCUAGUUUUGAGUCAUCAGUUAAUCUUGAGAAGAAAAAGUGGUACACUCUGAAUGAAAAAUGUCUAAGAAAGGUUCUUCUAAGAAGUCGGAGUCCGUGAGAGUUGUGGUAAGAUGCCGUCCCAUGGAUCAAAAAGAAAUCAAGGAUGGACAUGAAAGGAUUGUGGAAAUGGAAGUAAACAGAGGAGUGAUAAUGAUUAAGAAUCCCAAAGGACUAUCGACAGAGCCACCAAAAGACUUCACAUUUGAUGCUGUGUAUGACUGGGACUCCAAGCAGACAGAAUUAUACGAAGAGACAUUUCGUGAUUUGGUUCAAUCAGUCAUAGAAGGUUUUAAUGGAACUAUAUUUGCCUAUGGACAAACUGGAACUGGUAAAACUUACACCAUGCAAGGUGUGAAAAAUGAUCCAGAGACAAGAGGAGUGAUCCCAAACUCUUUUGAACAUAUUUUCCAACAUAUUUCCAGAUCCGAAAAUCAGCAGUACCUUAUAAGAGCUUCAUAUCUUGAAAUUUAUCAGGAAGACAUACGGGAUUUAUUGUCCAAGGAUCACACAAGGAAAUUGGAAUUAAAGGAACGACCAGACACAGGAGUGUAUGUUAAGGAUUUAUCAUCAUUUGUAACCAACAGCGUGAAAGAGAUAGAACAAGUAAUGCACAAAGGAAACUCUAAUCGAGCUGUAGGAGCAACCAACAUGAACGAACAUAGUUCCAGGUCACAUGCAAUCUUCAUCAUCACCAUAGAAUGCAGUGAGAUUGGUGCUGAUGGAGAAAACCAUAUCCGAGUGGGUCGACUCAACCUUGUAGACUUAGCUGGAAGUGAACGACAGUCUAAGACUGGAGCAACUGGAGACCGUUUGCGGGAAGCGACAAAGAUCAACUUGUCUUUAUCAGCUUUGUGUAAUGUUAUUGCGGCUUUGGUGAAUGACAAAAGCACCCACAUUCCAUAUCGUGACGCAAAACUGACAAGAUUGUUACAAGAUUCUCUUGGGGGGAAUGCCAAAACUGUGAUGGUUGCAAAUAUUGGUCCGGCAAGCUACAACUACGACGAAUCUCUUAGCACACUUAGAUAUGCAAAUAGUGCAAAGAACAUCAAGAACAAACCCAAGAUCAACGAAGAUCCUAAAGAUGCUCUGCUGAGAGAAUUCCAGGAAGAAAUUGCCAGACUUAAGGCUGAUUUAAACCAAAAAGGGGGUCCGAAGAAACGCAGGAAAGGCAAGAGAAGUAGACGUAAUGCUGAUGGGGAAGUCAUCAGUGGUUCUGAUGAGGAGAGUGAUGAUAAUGAAGAAGGCUACGAAGGAAACAAUUCUGAGGAUGAGGCAGAAUACAGACGGGAACAAGAGGCGAAGUUAGAGGAACAGAAAAACGCUAUCCUUAGCAACCAAACAAUGAUACAGGAGGAAAAAGAUCGAAUACUACAGGAAAUAUCGGACAGGGAAGAAAAACUGAAGAAAGAGCAAGAAGCCAGGGAUGGAUUGGCAGCCAAGAUAAAGGCCAUGGAAAGCAAACUGCUGAUGGGCGGUAAGAAUAUUGUGGAUCAUACUAAUGAGCAACAACGUGCCCUGGAGCAGAGGAGGAAAGAAAUAGCUGAUCAGAAGAAACGAGAACGAGAAAUCCAACAGAAGCUGGAGGAGAAGGAAGAAUCUGCAGUAGAAAUGCAGGAUACCUAUAAUUCCAUGCAGCAAGAAGUAGAAAUAAAAACAAAGAAACUCAAAAAGCUUUUCGCAAAAUUGCAAUCAACGAAAGCUGAGAUCAUGGACUUACAAGAGGAGCACUCCAAGGAGCGUCAAGAACUGGAGCAGACACAGAUGGAACUCACCAGGGAUCUGAAGCUCAAGAUGCUGAUCAUAGAGAACUUCAUCCCUGUGGAGGAUAAAACCAAAGUGAUGAACAGAGCUGUGUAUGAUGAGGAUGAGGACAUGUGGAAACUUAAGCCUCUUGCCAACAAAAACACCCAAACCAUGGCUAAACGACCAACCUCAGCCCUGGGAAACAGACGGCCAGUGUCUGAGUAUGCAAGAGUGGCAGCAGCCAUGGGAGGCAAUCCCAGAUUCAAGGGUGAAAACAUAUUAAUGGUUGAAUUAGACAUGCCUAAUCGCACCACACGGGAUUAUGAUGGACCACAAGUGGCACCACGGAUACAGGCGGCACUAGAUGCAGCCCUUCAGGAUGAGGCAGACAUUGAAAUAGAAGGACAGACUCCAUCGAUAUUUAGCACCAAAGCCAAGACCAGAAAAAGAGACGUGAAAAGUGCAAGACCUAGAACAGGAAAGAGAGAUGCUUCAAAAGAAUUUCCAUCUUCAAGAGGUCUUGUACCCAAGUAAACAUGACCACCUGAGGAGGAAUACCAUGUCUUUCUGUCUCCAUUAUUACAACUGGUAUGACUGCAAUGUAGCACUGGUAGUCAACCAUGCAGAUUUUUUAUCCUGUGAUAUCCUGACUGAUGAAUAAAUGUCCUAAAUUAAGUGUUUAGGAAAGUAAUAGCUGACAAAAUCUGUACUGCUACAGAUUACGGAGAACUAAUACUGUUUAAUAGCACUGUUUGUAGUUUUCACGAUCAUAUGUUUUGAUAUAUUUGGCCAUGGUUUAAAAAAAUGGUGAAAUAUAACCCACAGGGUUAGUUUGUGUUAGAGAAGGUGAAAAUUCAAUGUAGAGGUGAAUAAUUUGAUCCAGUAUGGCUACAGAUAUAUCAAAUAAUCUUUAAUUUGAAGUGCAGAUUCCAUGAACAUUUGAUGUUUUGCAAUAAAGUAACACUGCAUUUAUAUGUUAGGCAGGCAUCAAUUUAAUGCAUUAUUAUGUUAAUGUAGAGUUGUGUAAUUCACGAUAGUUUCCACCUGUAAUGAUUAGAAAUUUACUGAAAUGAUGUAAUAGUGUUCACUGCUGUUGUAAUCAGUCACACUUAAGGGGGUAUGCUACCUAAGAGUCUGACCUGCAUCUGUUUUCAAAUUAGCUGUUUGCUAUGAAAUAAGUGAAAGUUUUGUAAAGAUGAUGUAUGCUUGGUGGUAUAUAUCAUUGCUGGCUUUGCUGGAAAAGUAAAUUAUCCAACUUAUUUUCAAUAAGUUACCAAAUUGGUUACUCGGAGUAUAGGAUCAUUACAUACUUUAUAACAAGUUUAUUUUGCAUCACGCAAAUUUCACCAUUUUGUGUCCAAAUUUUAGCAUCAAAUUUUAGCUGUGUUGUAUUUUCGCCAUUUAAGAAAAAGAACUAAAACUAUUUAAUGAGACUUAACAUUUAAAAUUAGGUAGUUUAGUAUAUAAUUAUUCAUAGUGCAGUCUUAUGGCAAAAUUUCUGGAAAUUAGAUCCUGGCAUAAAAAAAGAAAACUGUUGUAUGGUAUAAUACAGAUCACAUAUAAAAUCAUCUAAGGCAGGUGAAAUACCUAUUUGUGGUUGUCAAGAGAAGGUAGAUUCAAGUUGUUUGAAGUGACUUGACAGUUUAAAUAAAUGAAUUAAAGUCUAUGGAAAAUGUAAGGAUAUAUCUUGGAGGUACGUUGAAGGAAAAAUUAACUGCGUACAGGGAUUCAUUGUGUUGUAACAAGUCAACAGAUUUUAAGUGAUCUGUGUAUUUAACCUGGAAGAAAUGUUGAUACUGCUUAUUGUAUUAUUGGUUGUGUUUGUUUAGGUGUACAACAAUGCAUUGUCUUAAAUUAAGACAAAUUCUGCUGGUGUUGUAUUUACACAGGUUCAAUUUGAAACAUCUCUGUUAUUACUGACUUCGAGAGUAUGACAGAUUUGUGAAUCAUCUUGGUGUAUUUUAUAGGGUGGAAAAGCUAGUAAAACAUCUGCUAGACCCAAGGGCUCCAAAAUCAUCACUUCUAUCAAUGGAUCGGUUUUCUACCUAUUAUUUCUUGGUAAACAGUCAAUUAAAUUCUUUGGGUGGUUCCCCUUAACAAAACCUGGAGUCCUGGGUUGGGGUAGACGUUUUACUGGAAUAGACCUAAACAAAACCUUGAGUCCUGGGUUGGGGUAGACGUUUUACUGGAAUAGACCUUAACAAAACCUGAAGUCCUGGACUGGGGUAGAUAUUUUACUGGAAUAGACCUUAACAAAACCUGGAGUCCUGGACUGGGCUAGAUAUUUUAUUGGAAUAGACCUUAACAAAACCUGGAGUCCUUGUGUAGGGUAGAUGUUUUAUUGAAAUAGACCUUAACAAAACCUGGAGUCCUUGUGUAGGGUAGAUGUUUUACUGAAAUAGACCUUAACAGUGUAUAAAUGAGAGAUAUAAGUACAAGAUGUUGUUAUGAGUUUGUAAGUGAUUACCAUUAGUGGUAACUAUUUUUAUAUCUAGCUACUCAGCUAUACAGGCUGACAUUACCAUGUUGUUUUUUUAAUACUGGCUUUUUGUGAUAAUCAUAAAGACAGGUACUGCAUUUUAUGGCUUUGAUAAGAAUACACCACCGUACUGUGUGUUUGAAUUGUGUGUUGAUAUUUUGUCACCUAGGGCAGCAUUUGUUUUUGGCUAGGCAUGUUAAUUGUUAUCAUACGCUAGAAACACUUGGCUUAAAACUUAGUGUUACAAUUGGUCCUUGAUUAUAUAUACACAGCAAUGAUCAACAUCUAUUCUAUAAGUACCUUAAAAGAUCUAUUUGCAAAAGAAGUAUUUCUCAACAAAUAUUUGAAGACAUUUCAAUUUUUUUCCCAUUUGAUUGAAGUUAUAAUGUUUCAUUAUACUGAACUGAUGUACAUUACUUUCCGAGUGUUGUAUAAAUUGCCUUGCUUUAAAAGAUUAAAUGACUCAUGACCCCACCAUUUGUGGAGGCAUGUAGUAUUACCCAAGUCUGCUCUGUUGUGUUUCAUUGUGUUCGAACUCAAUGUAAUACAUAGAGAACAUCUCUGAGCAGAUUUUCAUAGGAGAGGGGUGUUCAUGGCUUACUGAUAACAGUAGUAUGGCAUUUUUAUUCACAUGGCUCUCACUUAGUGAUGCCAACAUUGAAGUAUGUAUGCCAGCUAUUCUUAAUACAAAAGCAGCGGGCUAUCCUAUACACAACUAGUCUUGUCUGAAAGUAUUGAUUGUUGAAAUCCCUCUGAUUGAUCAUACAAGAUAUUUUAUUUCUGACUGUUUUGCUUCUUUAUUUCGAUCCUCUUUUUUUGUUUUCUUUUAAUAAGAAUUUCACAUCAUAAAAAACUUGACCAAGGGUUUGAGAAUUUUUUUUUUUUUUUGAAAUUCACUAAGUAGUUUUCUUGUUUUCAUGAACCUACUUCCAAAAUUGGGAAUAUCUUGAUAUUAAAUGUAUAGCUAUUGAAUAUGUUUGUGACAGCUGGUUGUGUGAGUUUUGUUUCUGUAUAAUGUCAAUAAGUUUGGAGAGGAUGUUUUCAGUGGGGAAAUUCAGGGUCAUUUAGAGGGGGGCUGCAUUAAAUAAUGAAUUAAAAUAACUUUUCACUGUACUUUCCUACUGAUAAUGGCUCCAGUAUACAUUCAAUGUAGAUCUUGUGACAUAAAAUGCUGUCUUCAUUUUGCAUAUCAAAACUUUUAUUAUGAGUGUGUCUUAAUAUUUUCCAGACAAAUCAUUUUUGUAGUGCUCAAAUAGUUAACAUUCCACAUGCUGACAAGUCAUGUACAUAGAUAUCCUAUUUAUUAAAGGAGGAAUAUUUAUUGAUGUAGUUUGUAUAACAGUCAUUUGUCAAACUUUUCUUAACUGUAGAAAUGAAAUUGCUAAUAAAAUGUUGAAUUUUGUUUGAAAAUAACCUUAUGACAGGUGUAAAUAACAUUAAUAAAAUACUAUUUGUAAGAAAGGCAGAAAAUCUGUAUGGUAGGCUUGUCAAAUUCAUAAUUUUUCCAACAUUAUGUAUUUAUAAACAUGAUUUCAAAAGACAGAUUUCUGACCUAGAUCAACACAGGUGGUUAGAAUGUAUGUGAUAACUUCUCAUUCAUACACCUUGCCACAAACUGAAAUGAUUUUAAUCGAAACACCUCCACCACAAAUUCUUUGAAAAAUUAUCUUGAUUUUGUAUUGUUUUGUAUGACAUGAGAAUUGUGGUGUUUAUAGAGACAAACCCAGGUAAAAAAAAGUCAUAAAGUGCAAAUCUUAUUGGUAUAAAUCACUCUAUAGAGGACAAUAGAUAAAUUGAAUUCCUCUGUAAGGAUAAUUUCUACUUUUUUUGUUCCCAUCAUUUGUGUUAUUAAUUUUUCAUUAAUUCAGUUUACUUUGAUUUCCGUCCAGUACGUUCCCCCUUUUUUUUAUUACAUUUAUGAAAAUAUUGGAUGUUUUUUUAUUCCUUACUAUCUUUUAUACACAAAUUCUGUGAUACUUUGUGUGUAUGGGAGAGCAGUAUGAUGGGCGUUCGAUGCAAUUUAUAUACACUGUAGUUAGCAGAGCAAUGUUGUGUCUGUAAAUUCAAAUAUUUCCUUAAGGCUGUAGGCUAUCUUCAAUACUUUAGAAUAUGUCUCCCCUUUUUAUUUAGUUAUUUCUUUUUUUCUUUGAGGAACAUUUAAAACAAUUUGUCCCAAUGGAAGAACAUUUAAAAUGAUUUGUCCCAAUGGAAGAACGUUUAAAACGAUUUAUCCCAAUGGAAGAACGUUUAAAACAUUUGUCCCAAUGGAAGAACGUUUAAAACGAUUUAUCCCAAUGGAAGAACGUUUAAAACAUUUGUCCCAAUGGAAGAACGUUUAAAACAUUUGUCCCAAUGGAAGAACGUUUAAACCGAUUUAUCCCAAUGGAAGAACGUUUAAAACGAUUUAUCCCAAUGGAAGAACGUUUAAAACGAUUUAUCCCAAUGGAAGAACGUUUAAAACGAUUUAUCCCAAUGGAAGAACGUUUAAAACAUUUGUCCCAAUGGAAGAACGUUUAAA